UCGGGGCGCGCGUCUUCUCCUCCCACAUCAACACUUCCUCGCUACUUUGUUACACUUAACAUUAUCCACAUUUAUACAACAUAUUCAGUACAUAUAGCAACUUAGACUAAAUCAUAUGUUAAUUUUGCAAAGCAAUUAGCUGUCAGAAAUGUCUUUUAUAUGUUUGAUAAUUUUUCGCGGUUUAUUUUAAUGUGUUGAAAAGUUGGUGAAUAUUGAACAGUGUUGGAUACGACGCGGCUUCCGGAGACGACCGUUUCGCGGGAAAAUUCUGUAGUGGCGCCGGUGUUGGCUAAAGUUGUCACUAGAUGAGUGCAGAUGAAGGCCAACAGAGACUUAUGAAAGAAGGCAAGAAGAAACACGCUGUUUCCAUGAGUCGGUCUACCCACAAAAUAGCCAACUCCUCGAGAUCUUUUAUAUCCAGCUGCAGUACAUUGUUACAGAUACCAGUUAACAAGUUGCAUAAGGCUAAAUCCCAACCAGCUAGCAAGAUUAGCCUUGAAGCAGUAAAGCAUGCAGACAGUGAGAGGAAAAACAACACAAUCUAUAAAGAGAACAUAAACGUUGAAGAGACGCAAAUAACCCAAAUUAAAGAGAGCGCCAAAUUACUGAAAGAAGAAAGGAUGAUUUCUUUGGACAUUAGUGAUGAAGAAAUGCCUUUGGCUAAUGAAGACAAAGGGAAGGAAGAGGUUGGGAAGAAGGCAGCUAAUACCCUGGAGAAAAAGAAAUCACCUACUCCUGCAACAGCCGAGGACAUUGAAAACAUCCUUAAUAAAGAAUCUGAUGAUGACUCGAAUUGUCCGAAAUCCGACUCUGUCUCUCUUCCUGAUAAUAAAUGUAAAAAUACAGUUAAACCUCCAGCAUUAAAUGAUGAAAAUAAGCCAGAUAAGGUGUCAAGGAACUCUGGUGAUUCAGAUGAUGAGCCUUUAGACACACAAAAAGAAAAUAAUUCAAAGACCCCCUUAAUUAAAAAAGACCAGUCUCCCAAAGCCACUCAGAAAAAAGGCAGCUCUGAUGCCAGUGAUCCAGACAGUGGUGAUGAUACAAAGACAAAAAAGUUGACUACUAACAAAAAAGAAGACUCAGAAAAUCCAAGUGAUUUAGAGUAUGAACCUGUUCAGGAAGAAAAGGAUUCCAAAUCUAAUGUGGUCAAGAAGGGCGGCCGGUCUCCCAGGGCAGCUAAGAAAAGUAGAGCAGACUCCAGUGCCAGUGAUAAUGAUAGUGGCGAAGAGAAGAAAAAGACUAAAAAAUCUAAUGUAAACAAAAAAGAAGAAUCUGAAAACCCAAGUGAUUCAGAUUAUGAACCUUUACAGGAAGAAAAGAAUUCAAAAGCUUCCAUGGUUAAGAAAGGCCAGUCUACUAGAGCAGUUCAGAAAAAGGUAGACGCUGACGCAAGUGAUGAUGAUGAUAGCGGUGAAGAGAAAAAGACUAAAAAAUCAGUUGUAAACAAAAAAAGAGAAGAAUCUGAGAGCGCUAGUGGUUCUGAUUAUGAACCACUAAGCAAACAGAAAGAAAAGAUGUCCAAAUCUUCCAUGAUGAAGAAGGGUCGCUCUCCCAGGGCAGCUAAGAAGAACAAAGCAGAUUCCGGUGCAAGUGAGUCUGACAGUGGGGAAGAGAAAAAAACUAAAAAAUCUGGUGUAAAGAAAAACUGGAGAGAAAAAUCUGAGAGCUCAAGUGACUCUGAUGAUGAGCCACUCUCUAAGAAGAAAGGGAAAAGCUCAGCAAAACCUAAGGCGGCGAAGGAAAGUGCAGAUGACAUGAGUGACGACGAAUACGAACCUCCCAAAAAAGCGAUAAAAAAGAGGACUAGAGUAAGUCCAAGAAAAGGCAGAAAAGUGGCAAGUAAGCAAGAAAGUGAUACAGAUGAUUCAGAGGAUGAAAGUGCACAGAUGACACCAAGUUCUGAAUCUGGAAGUGAAGAAUCUGCCAAAGAAAUUAAAAAGGCCAAGAAAUCAAAGCCCAAGAGAAAUGCAAAAGCUACCAGGAAGCCUCGAGGUGCGACCAGAAGAAAAAAGAGUGAAACGGAAUCCUCUAGUGAAUCUGAGUUUGAAGAGGCUGUGAAGCCAGUGAAAGGAAGAGGAAAACGGAAUACUGCUGAGGGAGAGUCUGACGAAUCUGACUAUGAACCUCCAUCAGGAAGGAAAGGCAAGUUACCUAGAAUGUCUCGCAAGAAGAAAGCAGAAUCGGAUACUGAUGACUCUGAUUCAGAAUCCUUGGCUAAAAAGAAAACAAAACUAACAAAAAGCGAGACAAAGAGGUCGAGGGAGUCACACAGCUCUAGCGAGUCUGAUAGUAAGCCUUUAUCCAAAAGGAACAAGAAGACCAUUUCUCCUGUGAAAGAAAACAAGACUACCAAUUCUCAGCGAAGUAACAAAGGUAUUUCUCCUACAAAAAACAAUGAGGAAGACAAUGAUUCAAAGGAAAGUGAUGCUGAAGUGUUGCCAAAAGAGACCAAGCUCAAAAUAAAGAAAAAUAAAAGCGAAGAAAACGAUAAAGAUUCUGAGAGUGAUGCUGAAGUGUUGCCAAAAGAGGCCAGGCCCAAAAUAAAUAAAAAUAAAAGUGAAGAGAAUGACAAUGACUCUGUGAGUGAUGCAGAGAAAGAAGAAAAGUCUGAGAACUCCAGUGAGUCGGACUCGGCGCCAUUGGCCAAAAUGAAAGCAGAUGGUCCAAAAAAGAAAGCAAAACCUUUAAUUACAAAGAAAAAAGAAAAGAAAAAUUCUGAGAGCUCUGACUCUGAGAUGGAUACAGAAGAUAAGGCAAAGUCACCUGUGAAAAAGUCUGCUAGUUCUGACUCGGAGAUGGACACAGAAGUUAAGGCCAAACUGCCUUCAAAAAAAGUGACAAACAAAACUAGCAAAGAGUCUGGUUCUUCUGAUGAAUCACUGAGUUCCGACAGUGAAGAAACUGGAAAUCAAAAAGAUAAAAACAAGACCAGUAAAUCUCGAGGUGCUGGUAAGCAAGAAAAGGGUCGCAGCGAUGAUCCACUUGGUCGUCUCAAAAAGUACAUCCGCAUGAUGGGCAUUAAUAUCAGGAACUACGACCGUCUGCUCUCGGGCUGUAAGAGCAUGAAGAGCAAGAAGGAGAAGCUUCUAAAUGUCAUGCAUGAACGGGGGCUCAAAGGUAAUCCAACACAGGAGAAAUGCAAGAAGCUGAAGAAGCGGCUUGAGAGGAAGAAGGAGCUGGAGGAGCUUGACACAGACAACAUCAUAGAGACCAGUGGCCGUGGACGGCGAACUGCGUUUAGCUUGUAUGCCUCUAAGAAUCGUGAAGCUGAAGAGGAGACAGGUUUACAGUCCCGAAGAAAACAAUCUAGGGUGAAAUUCGUCGCUGAAUCAGAAUCGGAAUCUGGUUCAGAGUAAGCAGCGUAUAUAGUGUUAUAUUAUUGCCACUUUAUAGUGACCACAGAAAUUAAGUGUAUAUUGAGUUUGUACAUUCAGAAACCUGUUUUUGAAACACAUUUACUUUUUUAUAUUUUAUUCAGUCUUUAUUGCAUACUGAAGGUUAAUAAUAAUAAUACAAAUAUUAAAUAUAUUUAUUAAUCACAAACCUUAAAACUUAACUUUAAGCUACAGGCAGUAUAUCCACAAGUUAAGGGCAGUAAUGGCCCAUUAAGUGACUCAUAGUGGCAGACUGCAGAAACAGAUUCUAAAGUGUUUUCUGAACAGAGAACUUAAAAGAAUUAUAAUACCAUAAAAUUAAUGAUGCAGUGGUAUGGUCACUUAUGAAAAAGAUCCUAAAAUGUGUUGUUUUAACUCAAAAGAAAAUGUGCAUGCAUUUAGGCAACUAUAAUUUAAUAGAUUAUGCAGACAGGUAAAAAUUACUAAAUAUCAAUAAAGGAAAUUUAAGUGAACAAAUAUUGGAUCACAAAUUAUAAAUAUUUGGAAAUUGUCAAGAAAUAAGAUCAGCUUUGGAGACGGGAAGAAUCUGAAAUUUGAAUACUGUAUGUUGAACCCAGAACAGUUCCAGUGUUAAUAAAACGUGUAUAAUGGGAGAAGUGUUGUGGAGUAAUGCAACUGGGGAGAUAAGGACAGUAGAUAGCAGCAAAGUCUAUCUAUAGUAGUUACCGACUAAAAUAAGUCAUCGUUCAUGAAGCCCAGCGGUAAUGGACCAACCCGUCCUCUUAGAUACUGUGCUAUCGCUUAUUGCUCGUACUUACUACGGUCAAAAAUUGCCAUACUAGAAAAUGGAAAUUUAUUUUACAAAUGAAAUGGGCCCAAAACUUGCAGUUUUCUCUGGUAGGUUAGAAGAGCACGAAGUUCUCCUAAGGUUUCAAAACGUCAUGAAAACUUAAUUUAAUGUGUCCUCUCCUAACAAACUAAGCCAGAGGACCCAAAACAGAAAAUGGGACAGUGUCACUUUCGCGAGCCGCUUCCAUUUUUUAGUACGGCAAUUUUUAGCCUUCGUGUGCAUUGGAGUAAAAAGCAACGUUAUUUGUAAGAGGAUGGGUUGAGUAGACUGCCAGUGACAGUUUGUGACAACGUGAACUGUACUGUGCAUGUUAAGGGAAUAGUAGUUCAUGGGGGAUCCCUAAUUGCUAUUUCCAGUGACCUGUGAAUAGUGAGGUUGGUAAAUAAUGAAGCCUAUAUUGGCACAAUACCUAAUUUUAAUCCUUUCAAGCAAGUUGACAGCUGUAACUGCUAAAGUGUAUUAACCUGACUGAAGUGUAGGUGUUUAGUGUAAGGAAACAAACUUAAUUUCUAAUACUUCACACUGGUACGUGAGAAUUCUAAACAUGCAACCCACCUGGACACAGAAAUGACAGCCAACCAGAUAUGCCACAUAAUUUAGCAUCAUAUUUUCAAUACAGAACAUUAUAUAAAUAUAUUGCGUUAUUAGUUUUGUACCUCUGGAAACAAAAUACCUAGCAUAUUGUGUUGUGUUUUAAGCACUACAUUAGUACAGUACUUGAACACUUGUAUUAAGAGCUAGCAAGGUGUAAUAUUUGUCAUUUAUAACAUCAAGUCCUAUAAGACUCAUCAGAAACUCAUGUCCAAACUAGAAAUAAAAGCUGUAAAUUGCUAAAAAAAAAAAUCUUUAGAUAUUUUGGAUAUCAUUAACUAAGGGGCAGGGGGUUGUGGGUUGUGUAAAAAUAACAAAGUAAAUAUACCUAUGUGGGGAGAGGGGGGGGGGAGGAGCAAGAAUACCUGUUGCUAUCAGGCUCUUGUGCAGCCUGGUAAAGGUCAGGUAGAGGGGAUAUAGCAAUGAAUUGCAGAACAGUGAAAUACUUUUAGUUCUCAGGGGGACACCUGCCUGGGUAUAGUCACAACCAAGAACUGGAAGACAAAUCUGAACACUGCUUCACAUGAAUAGUCAUGUCUUUAUGCUGCAAUACAUUAAACACUUCAUCCACCCAUUAAUAUGGCCAAUCUUGUACACAACCUUCAGAAAUGAACACAAUGAGUAAUAUCUCUACAUACUACAUUAAAAAGAAACUAAAUCAUCUUACAACACAUUAAAUAACAAGCAAUCCAGCCAAUUAUCUUGGUCAUUGGUGCACUGAAUGUUUACUUUGAGUCAUGAACCUUUGUUGAUAAACUACCAUUAAUAUGCAAUGAAAAUAUUUUUAUGUUGCAAACCUUAUUAAAUUUUUCAAAUGUA